AUGGCCGAAUCUCCUUUUAUACCCCCCCCAGACCCGAAACAUCCUCGAUGGCUUCUGGACCUUCUAAACUGGCAGGUGGUCCCGUACAAAGAAGUUGCGUCCCAAGUUCAGAAUAAUGGUUACGGUAUCAUUUCGUACACAUGGGGCAUGUGGGCAGACUUUGACACCCCAGUUAAAAAUCCGCCCACGUACCGUGUCGAAGGAAAGACAACAGAUCUUCCUUGGCAGAUUCCUACCGUGGCCGGGCUUGACCUUGCACACGCGCGCAAAAUCUUGGAUAGCUGUCUGAGAACGCAAUACGUCUGGUGGGAUUGGAUGUGCGUUCCCCAAGGACAGUCAAACCGGAGGAUUACAUUACCAGACGAAAAGCUCAAGUCAGUGAAGGGUGAUGAAAUUUCAAAGCAGUUAUGGCACGAGGCCGAUUCCCUCAGACUGCAAACAUACUUGAAGGAAGGCAUUGGGCAGGAGACCUUUGAGGAAGUUCUUUGCGAUCUCCAUAUAUCACUUCGGCUCAUCCAGGAGCAAGAACCGUGGCUUACCUCCGGCUGGACUUUACAAGAGGGUGUCCUUCUACAAGACUCAUUGCUUAGGGAUUACUCUGGCGAAAGUCUCCCUUGCGAUUUUAUACCCUCAUCGGACGCUGCAGUAAAACACUUGUCGCUUCCUGUUACAGGCCUCGCCGAUGACAUUGCCAAGGCAUUCCUCAUGUAUAGUGAGGGGUGGACUACCUCUCAGGGCAUGCCACAGGGAGUCGCGGAGAAAGUCAAACAAGCGAUUGAUUAUCUCGGCACGAACAAUGACGAUAGUCAAGCAAAGUAUGAACGUGCAGCUACAUUUUUUACCGACUUGAUACGCUCUGGCCUAGUUUGUUACUGGUCAGGAAACCCAAUGGUGCUCUAUAUUCUUUCGGGUGCAGCGAGCAGGAGGUUUACAAUGCCAGAAGACAGAUGCUGGGCUCUAUUAGGAGCACUGGAGCUCCAGCUGGACAAUGGCAGGAUGCCCUGGUACGAUUAUAACCUCAACAGGACACCCGAAGAAAGAGCAACGCAUCUACGGGCAGUCAAAACAGCAUUCUUCAUACCCCUACUGAGGAGAUACCAGUGGGAACUCUUUCUUGUGCCCAGAGUUGAAGACCCCACUUAUCACACUCUGUCAUGGCCUGAAAAGGUCGUCCACGGCGGAGUCAUGCCCCUGAGCCUUUUCUUCAUCAAAGAUAUCUACACAGACCUACCUAUUCUGGAGUAUAUUGAGGCAACGGAUGAAAUUAUCUCUCGAUCAAAAUCAUCCGGAUGCACACCAAACCCGACUGAAAUGAAAUAUGUUCAGUUGACUGAGGAUGUUUUUGUCAGGCGUUAUAAGCAAAGGCGAUUGGAUCCCAGUGAACCAAUUCGUCCGCGUGGCACGAUUGAGGUGGAUCAAAUCAGGCGAGAGGAGAGGAGCGGACUCAUAUACCUCCCGGUAAUGGACAUUCCAGUCCCUGAUGCGUCACGGCUGGGUCUUGAAAAUAGUUGGGAUAACGUGGAGCACGGGAAACGGUGUGUUGAAAUUCAACUUGCUGAUCAAGGUGAGAAUUGUGGAUAUUUUAGAGGGAUUGUAGACCUCUGGGGAACUUCGAAUGCGUUCGAGGCGAUCGGGUACGGCGAAUUCAAGUUCCAGAGCAAACGGAAGAGCUCCGCAAAGCAAGCCGGGCGGUGCGUAAUGGCAUAG